AUGCUUAUAAGAGAUAUCACAGCUAAUCUUAAUGAAUCAAGGAUUUUUCGCGGAGAAGUCUUAGAAAUCGUCCAAAUUCAUGACACCCUGACUCGGUUUUUACUUUCGGAUUCUUCAGAUGACGUUAUUUAUUGUUUACUUGAAGGACUCUUUUGGGUCGACAAAAUCCGGCUUAUUAUUGUCGGCGACAAAUUGAUCCUAGGCCCUUUCAAAGUUCUAAAAGUCCCAGAAAAUUUCGAGUCCUUUUAUGCCCCCAAAAUAGAAGGAAAAAUAGUUUCAGACUUUUAUAUCCACUAUCAGCCUCACGAUUUACACUGCAAAUUAGAGCUAGAAAGGGUCGAUACUAAUCCACUGUCAAAAAUUCGCUUUAAAGACCUUCAAGAAUGCAAAAAUUUAGCCACAGCUUUAUCGAUAUCCAGAGUAAAUAUUAUUGGUGUAAUUGUGGAUUUUGUUAUUGAAAGCAGACAUGAAAAGGACAAUUUAUUUAAACUGAAACUUGUAGACCAGUCUUUAGAAGAAAGGGAGUUUAUUCAAAUAAAUAUUUUUUUGAAUGAUUUUUCAUUAAAAAUUUCGAACCUCGGAGAUAUUUUUGCUGGAAGCGGAAUUUCGUUUAGGACACUUAAAGGAAAAGCUAUUGGGACGUAUAAUAAAUUGUCAAAAGGAUUUGGAAUUUAUAGUUGAAAAGACUGUAAAUUGGCCUGUGUCCACAAUGAAAUAAUGCAGAAUGAAGAAAUGGCUGAAAGAGUAUAUUGCAUUCAGAACUGAGAGCUGGAAAAAUUAAAUAAAAGGGACUUAACAACUGGGGUUACCAUUAGAAGUAUUGGCCAAGCCAAUUUGUAUAAAUACAGAGAAGUCGACAUAUUUUGCUAUGUAAUUAAAGUUCACCAUAAAUUCCCAGACAUCCCAUUAUCGACUAUUCUAGUCUGCGACGAAACUGGAUUUUUAGUCAUGCAGACUUAUUACUGCAACUUAUUUAAUGUAAAAGAAGAAGAAUGAGUGAAGCUGCGAGAAGUCAAAAUUGAAGGAAAUUCCAUUAUUUAUACCCAUCAUUCUUCUAUUGUUCACGUCGCUGAGUGGUUUUUAAAUAUUCAGCAGCAUAUUGUAGGGUCGCCAAAUGGUCUUAAAAUGAUAAUAAAUGAAGCUCAAGAAUGGUAUUGCAGCUAUACAAAUGAGGCCUCUUGUGAGAUAAAAAUUCUGGUAACGACAAGCUCAAUUACAGCAGCUCCAUUAUUAGAUGAAGCUCAGCUAAGAGAUCCUUUGAAUACUGUUGAAUUGUGUAGAUUCAAAGCGCUGCUAAUUGAUAUACAGCCAAGAAAUAUUGGAGAAGGGAUUGUUGAAAAUGAAGGAAAAAUUGAAUUUUAUGGGAUUAUGAUAGUUUGGAGCUCAAAUGAAAUUUUGAGUGUCUCUAUAAGCAGAGAUGAGGCUGCUCAAUUUUUUGAAUUUGGUGAAAAUAAAACUAACUCCCCCCCCCCCUCCGUGAGCGAACAAAAAAAUUUUGUUCGCUCACGGAGGGGGUUAAUUUUUUUUUUUAAAAAAAAAUUUAUAUAUAAAUUUUAUAAAAAAUAUUUUUUUCGAAAUUUAAAAAAAUCCUAAUUUGCAAAAAUUGGGAAGCAAAUAUUAAUUUAAUUUGCAAAAUUUAUGUUUUAAAACGCAAUUUGUUUAAAAUUAAACAGAAUUAGCUCUAGAUUUCAUUAUACUAAUUAUCACUUAUAUAUCAAAAUUUUUUUCCAUUAAAAAUUUUUUCUAUUAAAAAAAUUUUUGUUCACUCACGGAGGGUGGGUUUUUUGGUCAAAAAAUGGCGAUUUUUCUAAUGGUUUUGUUCGCUCACGGAGGGGGGGGGGGGAGUAAAGAAAAAAUACUGGAAAAAAUUAAUGAAAAAAUUAAGCUGCUUUUUAAAGGAAACAAUUGGAUGGAAAUUGGGAUACAGAGAAAGGUCAAAGGAGAUGAAGUGAAGCUUAAGCUUGUAAAAACACAAUGCAUAGCUUAA